AUAUAGCCUGGUCGCACUGCAGUCGCUGAAUUGGUGUGAAUAUUUUCUUUGGCGUAAAUAUUGUACGAACAAUCUGAUCGAAAUGACUGCCUGGAGAGCUGCUGGAAUAACCUACAUCCAAUACUCGAACAUUGCGGCCCGCGUUCUGCGAGAGUCUCUGCGUACCGAGUUGCGUGCGGACGCUGCCAAAAGGAACGAAAGCCAUGUGAAGUUCACGCCUUGGGCCAACGGCAGGCCAGCACAUGAAAAGGCCUAAGUAUUCUGCCAACAAUUGUAGGCUUAAAAGACUGGUCGCGCCAAAAUCAGUCUGAAUCGUAGACGCUCUUCUGGCUCUUGGUGGUAAUACCAGCCGUAAUAAUAACAAACGUCUGUUAAAACUGCAAUGAUUUCGAAGAAUAAAAAAAUCUACUGAAAAUUAAUAAAAACUUA